CAUUGGUGAGGGGAUUCAUCACGAAACAUCUAAAACAAAUCUUAAUUCGAUGUGAUAAAUCUCUUCACAUUGUUUCAUUUGUGCUGAAUUCAUCUUAAAACCCAUAGAGAGGGGGAUCAACUAGAGGAUUUGUUGGAGCAAAUAGGGAUCGAGAUAGAGAGCAAGUGUGUGUGUGUGUGUGUGUUGAAGAAGAAGAGAAAUGCCAAGCGUUGCUGUGAAAUUAUACAGUGUGUUCUUCAAACUGAUAUUGAAGCGACGGUUGCAGAAUCGAAUCCAGAACCCUAAUAAUUUACACGAUGACAAUGCUUCUUUUGGCGUUACAUCUCGGCCUGAAGAGACCAUCGCCGCUGCAAAUCCUUCAUUUACCGACGGCGUUGCUACCAAAGACAUCCACAUAGAUCCUUCUUCGUGUCUCUCCAUCCGUAUCUUCCUCCCCGACACGUGUCUCGUCUAUCCAGAUUCCGAUGCUGACAGGGUUACGGCCAAGAGAUCCAAACUUGAAUCCAGAUCCUUUCCUAGCAAUUCCAGUAAUCGCACUCCUCGGCGUAAUAGUUACGGUUCCGCUGAAGCAUCCAAUGUUGCACCGGCUCCAAGCAAUCGGAGGAGUAGUUAUUGUGAUGGUUUUAGUAAGGACGAUAUGGGUGUGAAAUCAGAGAAUGGUGUUUACAGAGGCUAUUCUCCGUUCACUCGUAAAUGCCGGAAACUGCCUCUGAUGGUUCAGUUUCAUGGAGGAGGGUUUGUGGCAGGAAGCUGUGAUUCGGUAGCUAACGACUUCUUUUGUCGGAGGAUUGCUAAAAUGUGUGAUGUGAUUGUCGUGGCUGUUGGGUACAGGCUUGCGCCUGAGAAUCGAUAUCCGACUGCCUUUGAGGAUGGGAUGAAAGUGUUGCAUUGGCUGGCUAAGCAGGCAAAUUUGGCGGAAUGUAGCAAGUCCUUAGGGACAACGCUUGAUUCCAAAAAGUCAGAUGUUCAUAUUGCAGAUGCUUUUGGGGCUUCUUUGGUGGAGCCUUGGCUAGCUGCACAUGGAGAUCCAUCUAGAUGCGUUCUUCUUGGUGCGAGUUGUGGUGCAAACAUUGCUGAUUACGUGGCUCGCAAAUCAGUCGAAGCUGGUAAACUACUGGACCCACUUAAGGUAGUGGCCCAGGUUUUGAUGUAUCCCUUCUUCAUCGGAAACACUCCCACACAUUCUGAGAUAAAACUAUCAAAUUCUUAUUUCUUCGAUAAAUCUAUGAGCAUACUUGCAUGGAAACUAUUCCUCCCAGAGGAAGAGUUCAACCUGGACCAUCCUGCAGCCAAUCCCCUGAUUCCUAACCGAGGUGGCCCCCCUCUGAAACGGAUGCCCCCUACAUUGACCGUUGUAGGACAACAUGAUUGGAUGAGGGAUCGUGCAAUUGCUUAUGCCCAGGAGCUUAAAAAGGUGAACGUUGAUGCACCGGUUCUGGAUUACAAGGACUGUGUUCAUGAAUUUGCAACUCUUGACAUGCUUCUUAGGACACCUGAAGCACAUGCCUGUGCAGAAGACAUUGCCAUUUGGGUCAAGAAAUACAUCUCACUUAGAGGUCAUGAGUUCUCAUAUUAGCAAAACUGAAAUCAUAUAGCAAAUGCAAUUUUGAGGGAAGGGAUAUAUACAUAUACAUAGAGGCGCAAAUUGGCUUUGCUAUCUGGGAGAUAUGUAUAUCGAGCAUGACCAAAAAGACCUCCUUCAGGAUCUGUGGUGGUUUAGUUGUGCUUUUGUAUGAUGGAAUUAAGACGAUUUGCUUGAGUAUAGUCGAGUUGAUAGAUCCUCAGUGCUCUAAAAAUCCUGCAGAUUUUCAAUCCCUUGUAACAGUAUUGUAACAUUUGUUCUGAUGAUGGGUUAUAUAUAUAUAUAUAUAUAUAUCAAAUGACUCUGUCCACUUG